AUGGGAGUGUGGUGGGUGUGGGAGUUUUGCAGCGCGCCGUGGGAAGACGGUGGAGCAGCGGCGCCCGGGGCGCGGAGGGUCCGCGGUCGAUACCCGGCGGCGUGGCUGCUCUCUGAGAGUGAGAACCUCCCAGAGCAGUUUAAGAGAGUGCCAGCGGAAGCGGCUGGCCUGGACGCCUCCGGCGGCGGCCGGAGCUGUAAUUGGGACCGGCUGUCCACCUGGGGCCACCAGCCACCAGCCAGACGACUACCGACUGGACCGGCCGGAGCAAAUUACACGUCGCUGUGUGGUCUACUGGCCAGCUGGGGGGACGGCCACGGCCACCAUCGAUCUGCCUCGGAGAGUAGUUCUUCACAGUUGGCAGCCCUGAGGGGAAACAAAGUGCCGGGGCUUCCCCGCCACUUCUUUUCAUUUUGCGGCACCGCCCCCGCCUCCGCCUUCGCCUCCGCGGGGACACGGCCCGGCAGAGUGCAUGCGAGGCCGCCGGCGGACAGAUGGAUGCGGGGGCGGAAGGAUGCGCCAUUUCUCGGCGCUAAAACCUCGCCACAGCCGACCCCGGGGCUAAUCACAUCAGGGCGCGGCGCGCGGCAGAGAGCGAUGGGCCCGUCCGGCGGCGCGGGUCACUCCCACCCUCCGCCCUCCCACGCGAUCCCUUCAUCCGUCUCCGCGGCGCAGGGCUCUACAAGGGACGGCUUGUCUUUCCCCGGCGAGAGGGGCGGGACGCGCCGCGACUGGACAGCAGCGCCAAGGCGUGGGCGGACCGGCGGCGGGGGUGCAGCAGGGGGAGGGGGAGGGGGAGGCAGCUGGCAGCUAGUUAGGGCGGCCUUUGAGGCGCCUAACCGCGUUACGGGGCGCCGUCACGCCGCGGCAGACGUGACGCGUCGUAGACUGGCGGCGACAGGUGGGGGCGGUGGCGACGCCAGGGGCAGCCAGCUACGGCUAUGCAGGGGCAGCCAGCACCUACCGGCGUGGCGCAAUGCGGCAGCUCCUCCAGGCUGA